GUUUGCCCCUGCGCUGGGGGAAAAGACUUUGAGAAGAUGGAGAACCAGAGGGGAGCACUCUUGGGAUACGUACGCUGGGAAAGAGAAGAGAAAGGGAAUGAGGAGGAUGGGGUGGCUCCUGGUGCUUCCCCUUCCAGCCAAAGCAAACUGGAAGAUGUACAGGUGGAGAUGCUUGAGAAGGCAAGGGAGCUCUUCCAGCUGUGUGACAAGGACGAGAAGGGUUUUAUCACCAAGGUGGACAUGCAGCGGCUCCAGAGUGAACUCCCCCUAACCCUUGAGCAGCUGGAGACUGUUUUCGACAGCUUGGAACAGAACAAUAAUGGAUACCUGACGCCUGUGGAGUUCAGCAUGGGACUAGGAAAGUUAUUAGAGAUUGAAUUGUGCCAAGGGGCUGGGAGAAUGGAUCACUCCAGACACGAAGAGACCUUUGAGUCAGGCUGGUCAGAUGACUUGGACACAGCAGAUGAUGAUGAAGAGAAACGAUUCUGUUCCAUGAUGGAGCAGCUUGGAGCAGCCCAAAUGUUUGAAGACCCACGUGAGAUUCGGGAGCUCUGGGCUCGCCUACGAAAGGAGCGUCCAGAGCUCUUAUCCAAUUUUGAAGAGUUUCUGUUGCGUGUUUCAUCAUACGUAAGGGAGGUGAAUCACGAGAAGGAGUCUAUGGAACAGGCAUUGAAGCGGAAGGAGACAGACCAUGACCGAGAAGUCAGGUGCCUUUAUGAAGAAAUGGAACAACAGAUCAAAGCAGAAAGGGAGAGACUGAUUUGCCAGGAAGCACUGAGACAUGACAGGAGUAACCUGCUCCAGAAGGAACUGCGCAGCAAAGAGCAGGAGCUGGAGAAAAUCCUCUACCGCCAGAAGAAGCUGGAACAUCAGCUACAGUCGCUGAACUCGGAGCAGCUGGAGACCCGCGUGCAGAACGAAAGGCUCCGCCACCUGAAUGAAAACCUGCUGGAAGAGCUGGAGAAAAGCAAAUGGGAGCUGGAGGCAGUGAAGGGGCAGUUACAGAAGCUCCAGAAAGAGGCUCAGCUUGAGCAAGAGCAGAAGGACAGGGAUCUUUGUAUUUCCUCUCCUAUUAACUUAUUUCCCCUUUUAAAAUCCUACGUGUUUAGAGUCUCCAAGAACAUGCAGAAAGAGAAACAAAGCCUUCUUCGGCAGCUGGAGCUCCUCAGAGAGAUGAACAAGAAACUUCGAGAUGAGCGAGACGCUUUUGAAGCCAAGAAGCUGGUGCCUCAGAGCAAAAAGCCCCUGUUGAAGAAAGGGUCAGUGCUAGGCAAUUACCCGCUGGACGACAAGCCGGUCAAACGACAACUGGCCUCUGCAGACCUUCCCUUCACCUUCCUGGUGGAUGUGGCAGUGGAAGAACCCAACAGAAAGAACUGUAAAUACUUCCCAGGCAACAGGACAUGGCUGAAAACAGGAGAAGGAGACAGCACAAACUUCGGAGAGGAGAGCAGAGACAAGAAGAGAUGGUCAUUGGCAGCAAAUGCUGAGUGGUCAAAGAUUGCUUUGAAGGGUGAUGCUGACUGUAGAAAAAAUGCAGAUGGAUUAGAUGAUGCUCCGUUGCCUCCUAGAGGACAGCCUGUUGGCACAGAAACCAGGCUCCAGGCAUUGGAACCAGCCAGCUGCUCCCCAGACCGUAUCUUUAAAGUGGUGUUUGUAGGGAACUCUGGUGUUGGGAAGAGUUCCUUCAUCCACCGCUUCUGCUAUGACAGGUUCUUGGCUGAGCUCAAUGCCACCAUUGGUAUCGAUUACCAGGUGAAGAGUCUGAUGGUGGAUAAUACCCAGGUUGCCUUACAGCUGUGGGAUACAGCUGGACAAGAAAGGUUUCGGAGCAUUACCAAGCAGUAUUUCCGGAAGGCGGAUGGGAUUCUGGUGAUGUACGACAUUACGGCUGAGUGCUCCUUCAUGGCGGUGCGGAACUGGAUGAGCAGUGUCCAG